AUGGUGGAUGGGCACGGGGUGACAGUUCUUGGACUUGAUGUGAAUAUCGUGGAUCUGGUCAGUUGGGGCAUUGCCUGGGUGGUCGGGACAGUUUGCGGCAGCGUAGAAGUCGACUUGAAUGACGGAAGAGCUUCAGGCGAAGAAGAAGCUGUUUCAAGAGAGCCUGAGCUGUUUAUGGUCUUGCUGCUCAAGAUUGCAGACGAAGCAAUGACUGAUGUCGGUCCCGGGUUGGUUACGGAAGCUGGAGAUUUUGACGAUUCGAGAACAACACUCGAAAGCUUGACAAAGAAGAGAGAAUCUGUGGCCUGGGAAGAAGUCGAAUGCGAUGGUGGCGAAGGUGAGGUCGACCUGGUAGACCGAACCGGUGAGAUGGGAGCAACUAAAGAAGAACUCGAAAUCGAACUCGACCCAGGAGCCACAGCAGAUAGCGAAGCUGAAACCAACCUGGUGGACCGGAUUGGAGAAACAGAAGCAACUGGAGAAGAAAGUGGAGUAGACUCAGGAACCACAGCUGGGGUUAUCCUAUAUUUGGAGACCGGGGUAGAGGAGGCUGAGGAAGAAACAGACUGA